CCCUAAAUCCAUUUGGUCAGAUCAGUCAGUACGAGAAAUGCUAUUUUAGAUAUAGGCCUAACGGUUUACAUUCAAUAUUUAAAUUAAAAGUUAGAAUUAUUUAGCUCGUUAAUUUGUAAGGAACCAGUCAUGUUUUUCUCCCCAAGCGUUUUGAAUCGUCACACAGGGUGCUUCUCCACAAUAUGGUUGGCUGCAACCAAAGGGAUAAAGAUCCCACAAAAAGAUUUCCUGAAAGUCAAUGUCCAACAAACAUGUAAUGACAUCAUGGACUAUGUGCUGGUGCGAGUCCCGCCCCCUCUGCCGGGAUUGCCCCGCCCCCGUUUCUCCCUCUACCUCUCCUCCCAGCUCCAAUAUGGUGUCAUCAUCGUCUACCACCGCCAGUGUGGGAUGCUCCUGGAGGAGAUCCAGCACAAUCUGGACAGACUAGCCAAGACCAGAACCGCCCAGAAGAUCGAUGUGGAUGAGUCUGAUAGACACACACUUUCUCUCCCUGACGUGUUGUCUCUCCUGGAGGAAAGUGAGUGGGCAGCGAACCCCUUCUUUGGAGAAAUACAUUCUGGGUACACCAUGCCCAGCCCUAACACACUAAUACAGCUGGGUGGAGAGCUUAGGAGAGAAGCCACUCCUGAGCGCCUCCUGCUUCUGAGUCCAGGUAUUCCCCCUCAGGACGGUAUCACAGCGUCUCCAGACUCCAUCACUCUGAUAGAGACUGAACCUGUCACCAUCCCCUCAGCAGAGUUUGAAGGGGCGGAGCUCACUGAGGUCACACAUCAAAAUAUGGGGAUGAUUGACUUGCUAAUGGACCAAUUAGAUCACUUCCCAGAGGGAGAGAUGGAGGCAGAGCGAGAGAGGGGCCCAGAGAGAGAAGAGAGGGAGAGAGAAGGAGAAUCUGUGGGAGAAGGGGACUUGGAGAGAGAGGGAGAAAGUGAACAAGAAGUAGAAAGAGCAGAAGUGAUAGAGAGGAGGAGAGAUGUCAUUGGAUCCCUUAUUGGACUGCCGUAUACCACCCUAUCCAGCGAGGACCCCACUGUGCUGCCUGGCGAGGAGACAGAGCUGCCCAUGGAGAUGCCUGCCGCACUCGCAGAGGAGAGGACACCAGUGUCUGUCCCUCUGCCCCCUUCCACAACCGGUGAACCAGAGGAGCGAGGGAUGGCUAGAGAGAGGGGGAGAUGGAGAGAUAGCCCCACCCUACAGGAUGUUACUCCCCCAGUGAAGCAACCUCGUAGGAGGCAGCUGCUCUUUAUCGACCAGGAAACACAGAUAUCCCAGGAGGCACUGCAGCAACAGAUAGACAACACUCUAAUACAGACCAGGCCCCUGGUUGUAAUCAGUGGUCUCUCUAAGAGAACAGUGUCUCCAGUUGAUCUCCUUGGUAACCCAUGCACCACCCUCCCUCCAGAGCUGAUGUUGCCAUGGAAACGGGUGGCGAUCGUCGCAACGCUCACUGGCUCCGCCCUGCUGGUAGAGAGGACAGAGACAGACUCUGAGUCAGAGAGAGAGAGGGAUAAAGAGAGAGUGAUGAAGGCAAAGGAGGAGGGAGGCAGAGAGCAGGAGGGAGAGCUCAGCUCAAAAGAGGUACCUAGAGAGUUGGCAGAGUCUGGCCUGUCCCAGCAUGAUGUUUCCACUCGGUCUCCGCUGUCCCUGGAGGUCUCUGAUAGAGACAUGUCCCGGGAGAACUCCCCCCUGGACACACCCGAGAGCAGAGGGUCUCCUGUCCCCAGGUCUGUGUCCAAACUGAAGGACAUUCCAGAGGAGGGCGAGGGACCGCUGGAGAGAGAGGCAGAGGACAUACCUAUGGCUGAUUUAUCAGCAGAGCUACUGGACGCAUUGACAGAGCCUCUUGAGGAUCAUGAAGGGGUGCUGUUCCACUCUCUGCUGCCCCCACUGGCCCAACGCAGUAGUGUCACUCACUCAUUCUGGACCCUACUGGAGAUGGUAACUGCUAGGAGACUCUGUGUGCAGCAGGAUGAACCUUAUGGUGACAUCAUCAUUUCACCUGGACCCAACUAUGAGGAGGGGAAUGAGAGUGUGUAACACACACACACACACACACACAGUUUAGUCAAAGAUGACUUUCAAAUAGAUCUCACAAACAGAUAGUUUGAGUCGGGUAACUAGAAGAGACAACAGUUGACCUGUUCCUCUUUGCUAAUCGUAUUUUAGGUGCUUCAUUUGUGUGUGUUAUUUAGCAGACACUCUUAUCCAGAGCAGCUUACAGUAUUAAGUGUACACAUGUCUUGUGUUUUUGAUCUUGCCCCCAGUGGGAAUCAAACCCACAACCAUGGUGUUGCAAAUGCCAUCCUCUACCAACUGAGCCACACAGAACAUUUUGUAAAGCUUAAAGUUUUUAAAGUUUUAAAGCAGGUUUUGCUUUGUUGUUUUUUAUAUCAGUAGUCUCUUAUUAUAUUAUGUGACUAAAGACUGAAUUUUAUAUUCAAUAUCACAUUUCUCUUUUAAGCAUUUUAAAUGACUUUUCCACCAUUUCUAUUUCCGCAGUAUUUUAGUCUAUUCUUAGCCUGUGCUGACAUAUAAAGGACUCAGUGUGUUUGUGUUUCAGUGGUGGGUUUUUUACUUGUAACAGGUGUUUGUUUCUGUGAAUAAACAUGUC